CAUUCAUUCAACUUUGUGCCGCGCAAGCGUGCGUAGUUCCUCAGUUCCUUCGCGUGUACCUACCCAAGCAAAAUAGAAAGAAGAAUAAAAAAAUAGAGUAUAAAAAUAAAAUAAUUAUCAUAAUAAUAAUUACGCUACACACAUACCAAGAUAUUGCGCUACGUGACUUUAAUUCAUUCGUCGCCAGUCGUUGUUGUCGUCGCGUUAAUUCCAGUGAUUAGCAACAGAAGCAACAGAAGCAGCAGCAGCAGCUACCAACAUUUUGUCGCACUUUUCCCAUUGGGUGUUUGCCUUAAAGUGCGCCAUAAACUAAAAGGCAGCGGCAGCAGCAGCAGCUGGAGAGACGGCCCACCCAAAACGCCUACAACAACAAUAACAACCAAAAAAAAAAAAAAAAAAUAAAAAUACUAGCAAACGGAGAAAUCACAACGCCAACAGCCAACAGCCAACGGGCAGCGAGCGUGUGACAGUUGACAAAAAAAUAAUAAUAAAAAGAGUAAAAAAAGAAAAGGCCCGCAACGUUGCCACAUUUCAGCAGCAGCAGCCAUAGAGAAAAAAGCGGCGUGUGUAUUUGUUAUCUGCCAGCCAGCAAUAGCAAUAGAGAUAGCGAUUACGCUUUGAGUACCGUUAACAACGUCAGGCAUUGCGCUCAUUGCACAGAGCAAAGCUCAACAACAGCAACCCCACUCGGCAACUGAGUGCAACAGAUCGAGCACACCACAUUGACAGCCACACACUGAGAGAGAGAGAGAGAGAGAGAGAGAGCGUGUGUGUGUCUGAGCGAAGAGAGUGUGUGUCGUCGGGAGCAGCAGCAGCAGCAGCGAAACCGACGCCAACUCAACGAAAAACUUCACCCACUGAUUGUGCGAGUACUGAGCGCGCGCGCGUCUGUCGCACGUAGGCAAAACAAAAAAAAAAAAAACAACAACAACAACAACAAAUAAAAGAAGUCAAGUAAAAAAAAAGAGGGAAAAUAUUAUCGUCUGUCAAAAUGUUUGCUGUAAUGCGAAUCGACAACGAUGACUGCCGGUCGGAUUUCCGUCGCAAGAUGCGUCCGAAGUGUGAGUUCAUUUGCAAGUAUUGCCAGCGGCGUUUCACCAAGCCAUACAAUCUGAUGAUACACGAGCGCACGCACAAAUCCCCAGAGAUAACAUAUUCCUGUGAGGUCUGCGGCAAAUAUUUCAAGCAACGUGAUAAUCUGCGUCAGCACAGAAAUUUACACAUGAACACCUGUGGGCGUGCCUACAACAAAUAAGCCAGCAACCAGCAGCAUGGCACAUGCAACAUGCAGCAUGCAACAUGCCACAUGCCUCAGCAACAUUGAAAAGUUAGCUUUGUUUAUGUAAAGCACAAUUAAGCUCAAGCUUCUUGUGCUUUCCUCGGCCAACAACAAAGCAACAACUUUUGCAACAUUACGAGCUUGGCAACACCAUUCAAUCAAUCAAUCAAUCAAUCAAUCAAUCAUCAAUCAAUCAAUAUUCAAUAGACAGCUGCAAUUCUCUUGCCUUAUAACUCGGAACUUGUGCGAUUCUCUCGCUAUCUUAUUAAUAAUACAAUUAAUUACAAUUUAAUAAUAAAACAAAAAUAAAUCUUAAGUAUUUUUAUAUUAAAAUCAC